UGUGCUAGAACUAAUGGAAGUUUGUUUAUUCAAGAAUGUAAGAGACUUCGAACGUGUUGAAGAAAAGUAUAAAAAAAUUUACGUCGAAGUUGAAAAUAAAGUGGGUGCGAUCGCAUUACAUGCAACUACAAUUUUUGAAACGAAAUAAGAACUGGCUGGAAAAGAAUUUUAUGUAUCCAAGUGACAUAUUAACGCAAAUUUUAACAGGUUCACAAAAACCGGAAACAGUAGUAGAAAAAUCGUCGGUUGUUCACAUUUACAAAGGAAAAAAAUUAUAUUCUCAGUGUAGUAAGAGGGAAAAAAUUCGAAGAACAAACUGUUUAGUAAAUAAUUUUUCUUUGGAAGAAUUACUCAGUGCAGCAAAAAUGAGCCUCCGGAAACAUGGAAUGCAUAAACAAUCACGUGUUUUACAGUGUCUAUUACAAAAUAUAAGUGUACAAACUAUUUUCAAAAACAAAACUUCAAAAAGGAAUAUGUUUCCAACAGAAAAAGCCUUAAGUAUAUUUGUCUCUGCAGAUCUUUCAAAACAUCAGUAUGCAGUCAUUAGAAAUGAAUCCAUUAAAAUAAAUAAAAACUCGUGGCCUUCAUAUUUCAUGAUACAGGCAGAAAAAAAAAUUGUUACCCACCAAAGAAUACCAUCCAGUUUGGUUCCACUAAAAUUACAUAACAAAAUAACUUCAAAAAACAUAUGGAUUAAUCCUUGUCCAUCGUCAUCAUGGUUUUGUAGACCCAUUAAAGGGUAUAGCCGGAUAAGAUGGUCAAAAGUGCCCCCAAACCAAAUUCGACUUGCUAUAAACCAUUCGAUAGGCGAUAAAAAAAACCAGUCUGUGCCAAGUUUCAACCCUGUAUCUCAUCUGGGAGGGUAGUUACGGGUAAAAAUGUAAUCGCGAAGUUUUUGGCCAAUGUCUCCUAUUUAAUGACAUUCGAAAAUUCUGAAAAAUAUCAGAGACAUUUCUAUUUGUAAGGCACAUAUUACAGAA